AUGGACUGGGGGGCGCUGCGGCGCAUAGUCAAGCAGCUGGUGAGCAAUGACAAGACCUUCUCGCGGGUGGAGGAGGAGCUGAGCUGGCUGGACGCCCUGCAGCACUGCCGGACGCACUACACGGACCUGGCCGACCUGCAGAGCGCGAACAGCCUGGAAGGAAUAAUGACUCUCUACAGCCUGGCCAAGGGCACCUCGGCGUGGAUCGGCCUCUUCUUCGACAUGAGCCUCGGCAGCCUGAGGUGGUCCAGCGGCUCCGUCUUCACCACCCCCGUGUGGAGCCCACUGCCCGUCUUCAAGGAGGGCCUCUGUGCCACGCUGUACUCCGUGGCCCUUGUCCCCAGCCUGGGCGCCGCCUCGUGCACAACUCAGAAGCCCUUCAUCUGCUACUACGACCCUGACAAAGGGCACGGCAGCGUCAUGGAGUCCGCUCUCAGCCUGACCACCUCUCCAAAGCCAGCGGUGGUCCAGAUCGGCCAGCGGACCUUCCGGCGGUAUGACCAAGGAGUGACGUGGCUGGCGGCCCUGCUGCGCUGCCGUGCCCACCACACGGACCUGGCCGACCUGCAAGCGGUGACGGAGGAGGACGCCAAGGGGGCCCUGAGGUCCGUCACCAGUGAGACGGAGGCCUGGAUCGGCCUCUACUUCGACGCAGCCUCUGGGUCUCUGAACUGGUCCAGCGGCCUGGGCGCCAGCAUCCCCGAAUGGCUGCGGGUGCCCCAGUUCGGGAUGGGGCUGUGUGCGGGGCUCGGCACCUACUACAGCUACGCCCCCAGAGUGCGCUCACAGGCCUGCUCUUCCCUGCGGCCGUUCAUCUGCUUCUACGACCCCGCCAUCGGACACCGGGUGUCGGCGGCGCUGCCCCAGCUUAGCUACAUCCCCUCCUCAGAAGAGACCGUGGGGACGACGUCCAGGCCAGCCGUGAAGCCCAGCGGCAAGCCCAGUGAAGGAGGUGGCACUGGUGUAACAGACACAGCCACGGCCACUCAGGCCCAGCACGUGAGCACAUCCAACCACCCGAAGUCGCAAGAAAAAGCUACAGCAUCAGAAUCAGGGCGGACCUUCGGGAUCCUGAAGGCAGACUUCGCCCUCCCAGCUACGGCAGACCCAGAGGACAUGAAGGAGCAGUUUCUGAGUGAGAUCCAAGAAGUCCUAAAGCUGACGCUGGGUCACCAGCGGUUCAGGCUGACGUGGGUCGGCCACGAAAGAGACAAAAAGUAGCUCACGCCUGCUGAUCCGCGGUCUCCUUCUCACGCGGUCUUGUCUGGGUUUGAGUGAAUCUGCGUUCUCUUAAUGUCAAGCACCUCAGAAUGAGAAGGAACCCCAGAGCCCCGGAGAGGCCAGGCUAAGGGUGGACCUUAGAUCUCCUCCCGGCUCCAAAGAAAACCACACCCGCAACCUGCACCCUUGGGACUUUGUAGAACUCGGCAGGGGAACCAGAGGAGGGGUUUGGGAACACUAACUUUGAGAACGACACGCAAACAAGAGCAGAAAAACAGAAACUCUGAAACCAACCCCAUGGACCUGGGGGACUAGGACAGGACAGUGGUGGCCUGGGACACUAAUGGGGCCACGCUUCCAAACACAGUGGGUCCCUUCUUCCCCGGCGACAAUCGACUAAAGGGGUUUCAAAUUCUCCAGGACGAGGAGCUCUCUAGGGCGUUAGCACAAUACCACACCAGAUGUUCCUGCUAUCUGUCCCGAAUCUAAAUAUUUCUUACC